GCCCGAUGGACCUUUCACCUCCUACGACUACGAGUAGCCAUUGUCUCCACAUCCACCAAUCUCAUUCUCAUUCAGCAAGCGAGGAAGGAAAUCCUCUCGAUCCAAUUCCCCUAGAUUUGAUUUGAUUUGAACCUACCUUGCCAAUCAGAUCACACACAGCAGCAGCAGAUCACCACAAAUCACAAGAUGAAGAAGGCGUCGUCGCUGUCGGAGCUGGGGUUCGACGCCGGCGACGCGUCGUCAGGCUUCUUCCGCCCCGUGUCCGACUCCUCCUCCUCCGCCGCCGACGGGGUGGUGGUGACCCCGUCGGCGCACCGUCGGAGGCUGACCAAGGUAUCCGUGAUCGGCGCGGGCAACGUGGGGAUGGCCAUCGCGCAGACCAUCCUGACGCGGGACCUCGCCGACGAGAUCGCGCUGGUGGACGCGCUCCCGGACAAGCUGCGCGGGGAGAUGCUGGACCUGCAGCACGCGGCGGCGUUCCUCCCCCGCACGCGCCUGGUCUCCGACACCGACAUGUCCGUCACCAGGGGCUCCGACCUCGCCAUCGUCACCGCCGGCGCGCGGCAGAUCCCGGGGGAGACGAGGCUCAACCUGCUGCAGAGGAACGUCGCGCUGUUCAGGAAGAUCGUGCCGGCGCUGGCGGAGCAGUCCCCCGACGCGCUGCUGCUCGUCGUCUCCAACCCCGUCGACGUGCUCACGUACGUCGCGUGGAAGCUGUCGGGUUUCCCGGCCAGCCGCGUCAUCGGGUCGGGAACCAACCUCGACUCGUCCAGGUUCAGGUUCCUCCUCGCCGAGCACCUCGACGUCAACGCCCAGGACGUGCAGGCGUACAUGGUGGGCGAGCACGGCGACAGCUCGGUGGCGGUGUGGUCGAGCGUGAGCGUCGCAGGAAUGCCGGUGCUCAAAUCUCUUCAGCAGAGCCACAGCAGCUUCGACGAGGAAGCCCUGGAGGGCAUCCGCCGCGCCGUCGUCGACAGCGCCUACGAGGUGAUCAGCUUGAAGGGCUACACCUCCUGGGCCAUCGGCUACUCCGUCGCCAGCCUCGCCGCGUCGCUGCUCCGCGACCAGCGCCGCAUCCACCCGGUCUCCGUGCUCGCCAGGGGGUUCCAUGGCAUCCCCGACGAGAACGACGUCUUCCUCAGCCUCCCCGCCAGGCUCGGCCGCGCCGGCGUCCAGGGCGUCGCUGAGAUGGAGCUCACCGAGGAGGAGGCCAAGCGACUGCGGCGCUCCGCCAAGACGCUCUGGGAGAAUUGCCAGCUCCUCGGCCUUUAAUUUGAUCGAUCUCUUUUCAUUUCAUUCACGCUCCAUCUCAUCUCGUCGUGUUUAACAGUUUGAUUUUGGAUCGUCGUAAUAUUACUAUUACCGUCCUGAAACAGUUGAUUACUGCAUCAAUCAUGCUAUUUACACUAGUAGCGCAUCCGGUGUUCAAUAAAAUUACUAUGUGUUUUCUA